AUGCCUUCGCAAGCCCGACCGCGCCGCCGCACGCUCGGCUCGUCGUCGUUGGAGGUGUGCGAGGUCUGCCUCGGCACCAUGACGAUGGGUUCGAUGACGGCGGACGAGGGCGACUGCCACGAAAUUCUGUCAAAGUACGUGGAGCUCGGCGGUGACUUCCUCGACUGCGCCGAGAUGUACCCUGUUCCGGUGCAGGAGAAGUGGGUCGGCCGAUCGGAGGAGAUCAUCGGCACGUGGCUGGCCGGCCGUAGCGACCGCGAUCGCCUCGUCAUCGCCACCAAGGCGGCGCCGAGCGAGGCGGACCUCACGCGCGCGCAGAUCCUGCGCGCCUGCGACGCGUCGCUCAAGCGACUGCAGACGACACACAUCGACCUGUACCAGAUCCACUGGCCAGAGAGGUGGGUGCCAAAGUGGGGCGAGUCGCAGUACGUGGCCGCAAAGGCGGAGGCGGGCGCGCACACGUUGGAGGGCUUCGACGCCGUCGUCUCGACCAUGGGAGAGCUCCUCUCCAGCGGCAAGAUCAAGCACUGGGGCCUGAGCAACGAGACCACCUUCGGCGUCUGCAUGUUUGUCGAGGCCAGCCGCCGCCUCGGAGUUGCGCCUCCGAUCUCCAUCCAGAACGACUUUAGCCUCUGCUUCCGCACCUUCGAGUCCGAGCUGGCCGAGGCGUGCGCGCCGGCCCACUGCAACGUCUCCCUCCUCGCCUACGGCGUUCUGAACGGCGGAGCCCUCUCGGGCAAAUACCUAGACGGCUCCGCCUCGCCGGGCGCCCGCUUCAACUUUGUGCAGCAGCUCGACAUGGGCGGCUUCCAGGGGCGGUACAAGGGCGAGCAGAGCAACGCCGCCAUCCGCGAGUACGCGGCGCUGGCGCAGUCGAUCGGCGUCCAGCCCGCGGCGCUGGCGCAGGCGUGGGCCUACUCAAGGGAGUACAUGGGCGCCGUCAUCAUCGGCGCGACCAGCGUGGCGCAGCUCGAGGCCAACUGGGCGGCGGCCAAGCUCGAGCUCUCCGCCGACACACUGGCCAAAAUUGACGAGAUCCACGUGCGCCACCGUAACCCCAACCUCACCGACUGA